AAUACUUGAUUCAAUUACAGUUGUAUCGAUCAAAUACCAAUACCAGCGUUGGCCUCGAUACUAUCUGCACCGUUAAGUACCAACCGCAAGUCGCUGUUUCUGGACAAAAAAAGACAAAGAAGCAAAAAAAGCGAGACAGCGAGCCGGUGAAAUUGAAUUAAGCCAAAGCGUAUCUGUUCCCUCUCUAAUUUGGUCCUGACCAAGUGGGCAUUGUUCUACAACUGGAUAAGGGAGACUGGGGCCAUAGGAUGAGUACUCCUGUUACCUUGAAUGUAGGAGGCCACCUGUACACCACCAGUUUAUCCACCCUGCAGCGCUAUCCAGACUCCAUGCUGGGUGCCAUGUUCCGGGGAGAUUUCCCCACAACUCGCGAUUCCCAAGGGAAUUACUUCAUUGAUCGCGAUGGGACACUGUUCCGGUACAUCCUGAACUUCCUGCGGACGUCUGAGCUGACCCUACCCUUGAACUUCACAGAGACAGACCUCCUUCGGAAAGAGGCGGACUUCUACCAGAUCGAACCUUUGAUCCAAUGCCUUAACGAUCCCAAGCCACUGUACCCUCCUGACAUCUUCGAGCAGGUCGUGGAGCUCUCCAACACUCGGAAACUGUCAAAAUAUUCAAACCCAGUCGCCGUUAUCAUCACACAGCUAACCAUAACUACGAAGGUUCACGGCCUGCUGAAAGGUAUUUCUAACAACUUCACCCAGUGGAACAAACGCAUGAUGGACACCAGCGACUGCCAGGUGUCAUUCAACUUUGGACCGUGUGACUAUCACCAAGAGGUGUCCCUAAGGGUUCACCUCAUGGACUAUAUCAUGAAACAAGGCUUCACCAUCCGCAACACGCGUGUGCAUCACAUGAGUGAGCGUGCAAACGAGAACACGGUAGAGCAUCACUGGACUUUCUGUCGACCAGCUCACAAGGUUGAAGAUGGAGGGCAUUUCUCAAUACCAAUACCAAGUAAGCAAAGAACGGACUUGUGUUCUUGGGGAGAGCGUACUUGCAGGCUGUACCUGGAAGACUGAACUCGCAAGUUCAGAAACACACAAAACGCUGUUGACAGUUUUGAGACGAAGCUUUCUUCCUGUUAUUGCGCAACACCCCCAGCAAAGAGGGCGCUUGCCACUUUAUAGUUAGCUUUGAUGUGUGUAUUCAUAAUAAAGCAUGGACGGUCACCCUUCACACCGCCUUGUUGUUUUGUUGUUCAGUCUUCCAGGUUUUCAUUUAAAGUGCUAUUGAGUAUCACGGGCCAAUAACUAUAUAAAUACCGACACAACGGCGGGGAAAAAAUCCUUGUAACAUUUUUCGGGAUUCAAUUUUAAUUGUGUUGAACGGAGGUUCAGUUGAAAACCCAAGAAACACAAAGCUAAAGCUAAAAAUAUAUGUACUGCUUGAAAUAUAACUCGCAGCUAAAAUAUAUGUGUUUGCUUGAAGUAUAACUCUCACCUAAAAUAUAUGUUUUUGUCUGAAAUACAACUCACAGGUGAAAUAUAUAUAUAUAUAUAUAUAUAUAUAUAUAUAUAUAUAUAUAUAUAUACUGCUUAAAGUGUGCCAUGUAACCCAUUAAUGACUUGUUUUGAUGAAAGUAUGAACUACAUAUCAGAAACAGCUAAAACUAAAAAACUUAUAUUCGUUAGGUGUGACCUUUGGCACACUUUUAAGUGUGCUAAGGGUCACUUACAUGUAACAGUGGAACUGGUCUGAACUGGUCAUCUGCUGUGGCCACCUGUGUGAUAACGUAGUGGUGGAAUUACCCUGUUUUACAGAAGGGAGGGGGUUUUUAGCCUUGACUUUUAGUAUAAAUAUGAGUUGAUGUGGCCACUUUCUUCAGCGAAAGCAUACCCACUUAUCUAGUCUCUGAUUUUGAUACUCUUUGCUUUUAGGGCAGAAAGGGAAGGGAAUUUUUCUGUUUUUUGUACUUGUUUUUUUGAUUAUUCACUAAAUAAUAAAACCACCUGAGCUUGUUGUGAGCUAGGGGACCAAAAGACUUGUAUUCCUUGAUUUUAGUCAUUUAAUUUCUCUCUCUCACACCUCAGCUUUCCGAGGGUAGAAGUUUCCCUCUCGUGAGGGCAGUUAAGACUCCUCUUUAACCACCUGGGCGAGUUGCAGCCCGGCGGGGAUCGACAUUGACAGUCAGACCUCCUGUUAUCUCCUAGUGGGAGUGCAUUCCCCAUCCGCUCUGCCGGUCAGAGCCACCGAGCACUUAGCCUCUCUCGGACCGGCGACCAACGAAGGCUAGCGGGCGUCCUUGAGAAGGAGGGGACCUCCGGUGACCCUGGGAGGAACGGUUCCUAACCGUGAGUACUAAAGAAAAAUCAUUGGUUGUAAAGAUCCCCUCGGGCAGUGCUUAAAAUAUACAGGGGGACAAGAGCCCGUUAGUGGGGGACGUCUGGGGUAAAAAUCUGAAAAGGCCUCUUGCCUCGCCUCCGGUUUCCCUGAUCCGGGCGGGGGCCCUUUAAACUUAGCAAGGGUGUGUGUGUCUCUAAGUAAAAAGAACUAAAACUAAUUAUUACUAAAAAUAAUAAUUACUUAUUCAUUUUAAAAAGUGUUAAAUUAGCGAAUCACUGUGUGUGGAUCGAAAAUCUAGCAUUUAUACAAUCAGGGAAGUAUCAAAGUAACUCCUUUUAAUAUAGGCCUAACCAUCCGCCCCGCUGAUAGUAACGGGUGUUAUUAUACGGCAGAAGCGGGCAUAGUAGGGACGGGGGUUACUGAGGGGAAG